UGCGAACAAAAACCAUGUACAUAUCAGUGCGAGAGUUUUAUUGAAACUUCAGCUGGUAGGCCUGAUUGUGUGAGGGGUGAACGGAAUGCCGGGCGCGGAGUUCAUGCCGUCCGAUCACGAGCUUCACGGCGCCGCCAUGGUCCACAGUGUGGAGAUCCCGGUGAUCGACAUGUCCUCCAACAACGCUGGCAGCCUCAUGGUGCAGGCGUCGAUGGAGUGGGGGAUCUUUCAGGUGGUGAACCACGGCGUGCCGGCAUCGGCCAUGUCCGAGCUGCAGCGCGUGGGGCGUGAGUUCUUCGCGCUCCCGCAGGAGGAGAAGCAGCGGCACGCCAUUGACCCGUCGUCAGGGAAGGCCGAGGGCUACGGCUCCACCCUGAAGCGGGACGUCCCCGGCGGCAUGAUGACCUGGUCUGAAUUCCUCUUCCACAACCUCGCGCCUCCUUCCGCCGUCGACCACGCAGUCUGGCCGCAGAAACCCAAUGGGUAUAGGGAGGCCAACGAGGCAUACUUUGCGCACCUGCAUACUCUGACGCGAAGGCUGUUCGAGGGAUUGUCUGCGGGGCUGGGGCUGGAAGAGGGCGCCAUGGAGGAGGCCUUCGGCGGCGACGACGUGGUGUUCCUCCAGAAGAUCAACUUCUACCCGCCAUGCCCGCACCCGGAGCUGGCGCACGGAGUCGCGCCGCACACCGACCUCAGCACGCUCACCGUGCUCAUGCCCAACGAGGUUCCAGGGCUCCAGGUGUCCAGGGACGAACGCUGGUACGACGUCAAGUAUGUGCCCGGCGCCAUCAUCGUUCACAUCGGCGACCAGAUCGAGAUUCUGAGCAACGGGAGGUACAAAGCCGUUUUGCACCGGACGACGGUGAGCAGCGAGAAGACGCGGAUGUCGUGGCCGGUGUUCGUCGAGCCGCCGAUGGAGCACGUCGUCGGGCCGCACCCGCAGAUCGUCGCCAGCGAGGGCCAAGCCAAGUAUAAGGCCAAAAAGUUCAAGGACUACAAGUACUGCAAGAUCAAUAAGCUACCGCAGUAGUCAAUCUUUCCAUCAAGACCUUCUGCUUAUGUGUGCGUCAGUAUUUACUUUGGGUUUGUCUCUUGUGCUUGUGCACAUCUCUUGAAUAUCCCUGGCGUAAUGUUGUCUGCUUGUACUGCCUCGAUGCUAGUAUAUUAUUGGUUAAAUAAUUAAUAAAUUAAAGGGUUGUGUCUAA